AGCUUAAAUGUCUUACUUUGAAAUCUUCUGUUCCUUCGAACUCGAGCCCGAGCUCGGGUCGUCAACCAAAUUGACGAGUCAAGCUCGAGCCGACUUCCAGGCUCGAUUCGAGCUCGAGCUUGAGCUCAGAUUUGCCAAACUGAGCCGAAGCUCGGCUCGGCUCGGUUCGAUUGUAACCCUACUCCAAACCCCACCCCACAAUUAGCUGCGGGCCACCCAAACCAUUUCAAUCUGAGGAGGAAGCCAUUCUUGGAAGAAUCGAUCCCUCGCACCACCCAGAACGCCUUGGCUUGUAUGUAAUUGGAAGGAAGUUUCUGAAUUGUGGGAAGUCCUGAAAAAUCUGGGUGUUCUGGGACUGACUUGCGGGAGUAAAAAAGUGUAAAAGAGACUGAAGAAGGGUAUUUUUCCUUGGCAACAAUGGAUCAGAUCGAUCAGAUUUAUAGGAAACGGAUAGCAGCUCUUGGGCGAGCUAUAUAUGCAGCUAGAUGCAGCAGAGAUGAUGUCUUUCCAUGCCAAAUUGAAGAAGGUCUAUAUUUGGGUUCUGUUGGAGCUGCAAAUAACAAAAGUACACUGAAAAGCUUGAAUGUGACUCACAUUUUGACUGUCGCCAGUUCAUUGGCACCCACCCAUCCAAAUGACUUUGUGUACAAGAUAAUUAACAUCGCGGACAGAGAAGACGUAAAUAUAGCACAGUAUUUUGAUGACUGUUUCAAUUUCAUUGACGAAGCUAAAAGGAUGGGCGGUGCUGUGUUGGUUCAUUGCUUUGUUGGAAGAUCCAGAAGCGUGACAAUUGUCGUUGCUUAUCUAAUGAAGAGGCGUGGUAUGAGCUUGUCUGAAGCUCUGGAGCAUGUGAGAAGUAAACGACCACUAGCAUCUCCGAACUCUGGUUUCAUGUUACAUCUACGAAACUUUGAGGAAUCUCUCAAAGGAAUGCAGACAUAGGAAGGGCCGGCUGCCCAUCCAUGUUUAGCUCUGAGGCUAUAUGUUGCUGCACGAGGCGUGACCAUGACUACUAGACUUUGUUGAUCCAAAAAAGAUUGCUUUUUUUUUUGGGGGGGGGGGGGGGGGGGGUUUCAUUUCUCUGGGUGUUGUCAAUGUAAGAUUUCAUUGCUGGAAAACUAAAAAUGUUGGCUCGGUUUACAAAUGAGUUUUGAUGAUAUUAGGAUGAAUGUUUGGUGUUGUACAUGAAAAAAUAAAAUUAUUUAUAAGAAGGUUGAAGGGUGUCUUAAAAAAAUGA